UAAAAAUGAAAUUACUGAGACAAUUGUGAAGGACAACUAUUGGACAUUGAAUGGUUUACCUUGGAAGAGUUCUGGUGAUACCAUCAUAGGCUAACUAAGCAAUCUAGCUGCAGGGAGUUUACGUAUCUAUUCGUUAAAUGGGGACAUUUAAGGAAACCAUUUCUUCCUGCACUAAUUGCUCGGGAGAGUUUCUGACAAAUCCUACGUUUGUUUGUGAAAACAUAAACGGUGAUGUCUGUACAAGUGACGAGGGGAAUCAGAGAGUGGCAAUGUUUAUAUCAGCGGGAGGUCUAAGAUUUCUGUAUGGAGGAAAAAGCAAUACAACAUACUAUCAGUCUUUUAAUCCUCGUGGUCUAGCUACUGACGGCCUUGGUAACAUUCUGAUUGCUGAUUAUUUCAGUCACACUGUUCAUAUGGUAGACUGUGAAGGACGAUUCUUACAGUACAUCUCGACAAACAAAAAUAACUUUCCGUAUGCAUUGUCGAUUGAUAACGAAAACAGACUCUUGGAUCACUUUUCGAUCGUACUUCAUUAGAUUUGGAAAUCUUGUCAUGCUAGGGAAUAUUGAUGAGAAAUGAAAUAAAGCC